GUAGGGGUCUGUGGGUGUGGAAUUACUUUAGAUUUUUGAACAAGAUCAGCCUUUGUAUGCUCUAUGCACUAUUUUGCAUUUUUCAGUUGGUUUCUAAUCUGGGUGUACUAAUUUAUCUGACAGUGGUCGGUCCAAAUGGCAUUGGAAAAUCGACCAUACUUAAAUUGAUUGCGGGUGAGCUUCAACCUACCUCGGGGACUGUUUUCCGUUCAGCUAAGGUUCGGAUUGCCGUCUUCAGUCAGCAUCACGUUGAUGGUCUAGACCUUUCAUCAAAUCCUCUUCUCUACAUGAUGCGCUGCUUCCCUGGCGUGCCAGAACAGAAGCUGCGAGCACACUUGGGUUCUUUUGGUAUAACUGGAAAUCUUGCUCUUCAGCCAAUGUAUACUUUGUCCGGUGGUCAGAAAAGCAGAGUUGCGUUUUCCAAGAUUACUUUCAAAAAACCUCAUAUCUUACUACUAGAUGAGCCGUCUAACCAUCUUGAUCUGGAUGCUGUUGAAGCUUUAAUUCAAGGCCUUGUUCUAUUCCAAGGUGGCGUUCUGAUGGUGAGCCAUGAUGAGCACCUAAUUUCUGGAAGCGUCGAGCAGCUUUGGGUUGUAUCUGAAGGCAGGGUCUCACCUUUCGGCGGGACAUUCCAGGAUUACAAGAAAAUUCUACAAUCAUCAUAGUUAGGUUGUGGCUAGAAAGUUUUUGACAGAGUGAAAGUGAUGUGAUCCGUUUGCUGAAUGUAGAACCUCUGGACAACACACACAGGAAGGGAGAGAGAGUCGUUAUUAUAUCUGUCAACACACUCAAGGGCUACUAAAAGGAGUAAGAUCUAUUUAAACGAGGAAGUGAUCUCGUGAAUUUGCCACAGCUCCUCUCAUCAAUUUUGGGAAAAUCAUGGCACAGAAUUAUUAAGUGCCUUCAUUUAUUGAUUACAUAAUACCUCAGUAACCGAUGCUUUAUGCUGAAAGCAUGAUAUUACAUUGUUGGUCAUGUGACACAGAUUUGUGUUCUUUAAAGCUUUCUUUAUGCUCUUGUUGAUCGCACUGCUGCUCCAUAUAAUGAAUGAUGCAUUAGUGUUUUCGUCA